AUGCGCAAGAAGAGGGACAAGAGUGACAGUACCAGCAUAGGCAGUAACAAUUCUAUCACAGGCAGUUCCUUCAAGGCAAUAAGCAGCUAUCACAGGCAGUCUACUGAGCACCAUGAUGUGUUCGGUGAAGGCAGUCGCACGCGAGGCUUGACAUGUAUUUAUCUGCACUUCGAUGCCUUCCGAAAAAGAAAUCUGUUGCUUGCAAGCACUCAACAUCAGAUUACCGGUUCUCCUAUCUCUUUGACUCAAUCUCCCCCUCGCGAAGCCAGAGCCAUGGCUAUUAGUAAUACAGCAACAAAUACCAGGAGACCGCAAAGAAACCUGAGAAACCGACGCGAGAUUGUAAAACCGGUGAAUGAUGGCUAUCAAGAUCUUUUCGACCCGAAUGGCUCCCACAAUCUCCUAAUUUCAAUUGAUUUGUGUUAUUCCAAUGUGUCAAGAUGUUGGAGGUUAGUCCCCGGGGAACAGAAAGCCGCCUUUUUACUGCUCAAGGACAUGAUGAAAAAGGCUGAAACCGACUACACGCUAGGAAGAGAAGACGCCGUUGUUGCUCUGUCCCUGGGCGCACCCCAUCAGGAGUUCAAUGGCAAACACUUCAUUCUGGAAUUUGGCAAUGCGGCCGAAGCAGCAGUCAUCGAAAAAGGAGCCCGCCCAUUCCGCUCUGUUAAACAGAGUCUCAUCCCCGAAGGUAGCCCAUUGCUGGCUUCAACGGCUAAAAGCUCUUGGUACUCAAGAGCCCAAGAGCUCCACAACACCGCUUUGAAGGCCAUCGAUUCGUCUAUUUCGACAUGUGUUUCCGACGCACUCACAGGAGAGUUGUCAGAGGUAGAAGUUAAUUCGACCUGCGAUAUUAUGGUCCAACUUCUGAGGAAUCAACUGCAACUGGUAAAGAAAGAGAUCAUGCAGGAGGCAAAUUUUACAGAUACGCAAGUCGAUCAAGUACUUUCUUCGAAACGAGCUAGAGUUGCAGUCGACAGUACUACUGCGCAUGGCGAAGAUUCUCUUGAUUUGCUGCGGUGUCUAUGUGAAAGAGCUGGCUUUCCAGAGAACACGAGAAUUCUUUCUGAGGCAAAGUCUGCUGCCAUCUAUUCUGUCCUGCACUCCAAAAAUUUGCUUUCAGCACCUUUGGCCACUGAACCUCGACUGAAAUUGCGCGGUAAACAUUGCAUGGUAGUUGACAUCGGAGGCGGGACUACCGACAUUGCCGUGAUACAGGUUGUUUCGAUGCAGCCAACCCUGGACAUCCGAGAAGUCUUCGAAGUCAAAGCAUGCAUGAGUGGUUCUAAUUCCCUUAAUGACACUGCUGCCAGCCAUAUUCGUCGCUUGUUGGGUGAUGAAUGGUCAGAUUUCUUUUCGAAUAAUGAAAUGACCGAAGAUAAACUUCUUGAAACGAUACGCACGGAGUUUGAGUUCGCGAAGCAAGACUUUGAUCCAUCAACAUUUGGCUGUCGCAAGCACUUCAUUUACUCAGUCGCGAAUACUCCAAAGGAGUUUGGCGAAAUAUUGAGCAAGGUUCAUCUCAGUUCGGAGUACGACACCGACACAAUGCAAAUGAUCUUCGAGGACUGGCUUCGUGAUAUCAUUACCCAGGUCAACCAACAACUCCUUCGGCUUUCCAGCCAUUCAUCUGUUGUCUUAGAGAGCACCGGGGAGAUUCCCAUCAUCCUGACCGGGCGAGGGGCCAACCCGAAGUUUGUGCAACAGCAUAUGCAAUCUACGCUCAGUAACCCAAUCUUGACCAUCAAUCCAGACAAAUGUUCUUCAGUGUGCUAUGGGGGAUUCGUCUCAAUGCUGAAUGAUGGUUUGCCACAACAACUGUUCGCGCGCUAUUCUUGUGGAUUUAUCGCUGAGGAAGGCGCCGCAAUAGUGCCCAACAACGAUAAACCGUCAGCAAACAACGGUCCUGCUUCGCUGCAAACCCCAAUAUGGCUUGUCAGAAAAGGUGAUGUGAUUUCACCGGAAACCCGAUUUCACUACGAGGGCAUGAUUCGGAUUGAAAACCAAAAUUUCCCUUGA